GGGAGACGGUUACUGCUGGCGUGGCCUGGGCUGAACCGUGGCCUGGCAAGGAGGCCGAGCAAGCAGGCGAUGCACCGGCCAGCCACCUCCUCCUUUCUCUGCGCAGGAGGCAGCUUGUUGCCCCCCUAAGCCUCCCUCUGCCCUCCCGGGGUGCCUAUGGCCCAGGAAACCUUCGCCUUCACCUCCUCCGCCCUGCGCUCGCUGCAGCUCCAGCGAGAGCUGCUGGAGCAGGAGGAUCGCCGGCGAGCCCUGGCUUGGGAAUCGGCCACGCGACGGUUCCUGCUGGCGAGCCCCCGGCCCCCCCUGACCCCCCGCCGGCGGCCCCAGUACUGCCGGGACCCUGCUGUUCACAACGCCCUGUACACCGGGGACCUCCUGCGUGUCAAGAGCAUCUUUAAGGAUGAGACCACCGCCAACCUGGUCAUGGAGACGGUCAGCGAGGAGCUGGUGUGGUCGCCCGAGCAGGGGCUGUGGGUGCUGAGCCCCCGCCGGCAGCAGACAUCGGCCCUGCGCAUCGCCGCCGGCCGAGGCUACGGCGACUGUGCCCGGCACCUUGUGCUCCGGGGAGCGGAGGUGGACGCGGUGGUGGGGGGCCGGGCCCCCCUCCACGACAGCGUGGCCGCCCCCCGCCCCGAAUGCACCCGCCUGCUCCUGGCCUUCGGGGCCGACCCCAACGUGCUGAGCGCCGAGGGCUCGGCCCCGCUGCACCUCUGCACCGCGCCCGACAGCCUCCCGUGCGCGGAGCUGCUGCUGGCACACGGGGCGCGGGUGAACCUGGGGACGAGGGACCGGCAGCUGACGGCCCUGCACGUGGCGGCGCGGCAGGGGCUGGUGGCCCACGUGGAGCUGUACCUGCGACACGGCGCCGAUCCCGCCCGUCGCAGCCGCCAAGGCGAGACCCCCCUCAACGCCGCCUGCUCGGCCGCCGAGCGCCCCGAGGACGCCGAGCGUUACUACCAGGUGGUCGAGCGGUUGUUGGCGGCCGGUGCCGAUCCCGGUGCCGCCGGCCGCAAGGAUCACACGCCGUUGCACAACGCCUGCGGUAACGGGCAAGCCCGGCUGGUGCGGCUGCUGUUGCGUCACGGGGCCGAUGCCACCGUCCCCAACUGCGCCGGUUACACCCCCAUGGACUGCGCCCUCCACGCCGUCGAGGAAUAUCGGCACCAGCGCCCCGAGGAAACCAUCGCCCUCCUCCUCAACCACGGCGCCGGCCCCGUCCACCCCAAGAUGCUCAAGUUCUGCUGCCGGCACCCGCCGGCGCUGGAGGUGGUUCUCAACGCCUACGACCGCAUUCCCCCCGCUGAGGGCUGGGUGGGGGCCGUGCCCCCGGAGCUGUGGGAGGAGCACCGGGAUUUCUACGCCUCGGCGGUGCGCAUGGCAGGCCGGCCGCGCCGGCUGCAGCACCUGGCCCGCUGCGCCGUCCGGCGGCACCUGGGCGCCCGCUGCCACGCCGCGGUCCCCAAACUGGCCCUGCCACCCCCACUGCGACACUACCUCCAGCUGCCCCUCGAGGGGGUCAUCUCCUGAGGGUGCCCCCCCCCCCCCCAAAUAGGGGUGACAAAGCGGGGGGGCGGGGGCAGCUCCGGCUCCCCCCGCUGGCCCUCCCCUCCCCCGUGUGUCCCCCCCCCCCAAGUGCCCCGGUGUCAAUAAAGGGACGUGGCAGAGGUGA